AUUAUGAAUAACAAAUAAUUAAAAGAUAAAUGAAGCGUGACUUAACAAGUUCAUAAAAUAGUUGAUAAGAAAUGUAUUAAUAAUAAUAUCAUCUAUGGGUGGGAGACUAUUGGUGUUGUUAAUGGUAAAAGGCAAUCCCAACCUUGGAAAGUUUCCAGUUCGCAGUCAGUAGUAGAGUUGACAUGUUACCAUUCGCUCCUCUCUUCCUUCUAUUACUGGCUGAUGUCAUUAUUCAAGUAUCCAGUGAUGAGACAAAUAGUAAACAAACUUUUGAAGUGGAUUAUAAUAAUAAACAGUUCUUAAAAGAUGGCGAACCUUUUACUUUUGUGGCCGGUGAAAUUCAUUACUUCAGAGUACCAAGGUUUUACUGGAGGGAUCGCUUAAGCAAAUUGAAAGCUGCAGGGUGCAAUACAGUUACCACAUAUGUGGAGUGGAGCUUUCAUGAACCGAAGGAAGGAGAAUUUCGCUUCGAUGGAGACCACGACCUUAUAAGAUUUUUGUGCAUUGCUCAAGAACUUAAUUUAACUGCAAUAUUACGACCAGGUCCAUACAUUUGUGCUGAGAGAGAAUUUGGUGGUUUUCCAUAUUGGUUGCUGAGGAUUAAUCCUGAAAUGCAGUUACGAACAAAUGAUACCUCUUACACGUACUAUGUCGAAAAGUGGUUUAAUGUAUUAUUUACUCAAAUUAAACCGUUGCUUUAUGGCUGUGGUGGUAACAUAAUAAUGAUUCAAGUUGAAAAUGAAUAUGGUAGUUACCCUAUUAACGAUAAAAAUUACACGAUAUGGCUGAAGAACAUAAUGGAGAAGCAUGUCGGAAAUGAUGCAGUGCUAUUUACAACUGACGGUUUUACAACUGAUUUGUUAACCCGAGGAACAAUACCUGGAGUUUUUGCUACUGUCGAUUUUGGUCCAAGUGACGAACCGAUAGAAGAGAAGUUUGAUGCACUAUUAGCUAUUCAACCAAAUGGUCCCUUGGUCAAUUCUGAGUUGUACACAGGAUGGAUUUCCUAUUGGGGAAGGCCGAGAGCCGAAACUGAAACGCAGGCGUUAGUCAAUACCAUUGUGGCCUUCUUACAAAACAAUGUGUCCUUCAGUAUGUACAUGUUCCACGGUGGGACCAACUUUGGAUUCACAGCUGGUUCAGGCAGUGAAGAAACUUAUCUAGCUGAUAUCACUUCCUAUGAUUAUGAUGCUCCUGUUUCUGAAGCUGGUGAUUUAACACCUAAGUAUAUUGCUAUCCGUGAUGCCAUUAUGAAAUCUCUCAAUAAGUCUUCUGACUUAACGAUUCCAAUAGCAAAAAAGAAAGGUGAUUACGGAGAGGUGAAGUUGCACCCGGUUUGCUCAUGUUUCAGCUGCCCUAUAGGAAUUGAAUAUGAGGCUAUAAAUGAUUCUUUGUAUAUGGAAGCCUUUGAUCAGGGAUAUGGAUUCAUUUCAUACACGACAUUAUUGCAAGUAUACUCUAAGGACCCUUCAGUGCUUAGAGCCGAAGUAAGAGAUAGAGCUAUUGUCUAUCUCGAAGAGAGGGAAAUUGGAGUAUUACAGUACACUGUAAUUGAAAAGCUUCCUCUUCCAUCAUGGUACAGGUCGGGUCUGAUGCUGAGACUAUUCAUUGAAAACAUGGGAAGAAGAAAUUUUAAAUUGUUAUCAGAUUGUACAAAAGGUAUAGUACGUGAUGUGACUGUAGAUAAUCAACUUGUGAGCAACUGGACUAUAAAAGGAUAUCCGUUAUCUGCAAAAGAUGUAAAAAUCUUGUCUAAAUUGAGUCCUAUGAAGAACAUUUCUUCUUAUCCUAUAGUAUAUCGAGGAGUAUUGAUACUGCCUAAAGGAGAACAGCCUUUGGAUACAUUUAUUUCAAUGGAAAACUGGGGAAAGGGUGUAGUUUUCGUAAAUGGGCAUAAUAUCGGUCGAUACUGGAAAAUCGGACCACAGAAGACGCUGUAUGUUCCUCGGAACUACUUGAAAAAAUGCCCUGGGAAGAACAUUAUAAUAGUUUUCGAACUACACUACUGUAAUCCAUCCAAGACUGUCACAUUUGUAACAGAACCCAAAUAUUCGACUCAUCUUAAUAAAAGUUUUGACUAAGUAUAUUUUUAAUAUAAUUGCAAUUUAAAUGUGAUCGAUUCAUCCCUUCACAAUUUAACAUAAUUGAAAUACUUAUACAUUUACUAAACAAAGUUUUUAUCAAAGAUAAUAAAUGUCUAAAUAUUUUAAUUAUGUUAAAUUGUGAAGUGAUGAAUCAAUUACAUUUGAAUUGUUAUUAUAUUAAAGAAUAAAAAUAUGUUAAAUAAACUACAUAAUAUUGUUAUAAUCAUUGUAGAUAAUUGAUUAAUUAAUUCCUGACUAUAAUUAUUUGGAAGGUUCUUACUAACAACAAAUGAAGUAAACCAAUUCAAAAUCAUUGCUAAACUCUGGUUUUCAUAGAUAAUAUUAUUAUAUUCAUAAUAUAUCUAUUGUCUGUUUGUCCUUUGUGCAUUACUAAGCCAUUCAUCUGAUCGCCAUAAAACUUUGCGAAGUUGUUGCGUACACACCCAUGAAAGUUUCUGGCUUAGUACUUCUGUCAUACGAUAAUUUUAUAUGUUUAAAAAAAAAUAAAAAUGUAAAUUUUUUUGUUCAAAGCCGCUAUUCUCUGAGAGUUCUUCACAGAUUGCUUUGAAAUUUUGAAACAGCGUUGAAAUUGAAUUCAGGUAUGUUUUUUGAACA